CAGAUCGGAAGUUACGACAUUUUGAUCGGAAGCAACAACGGGAGCUCGCUGGCUGUGAAGGUGACUCCAUUUGAGCAAAAAAGAAUGCUGGAAGUUUUCAGAAGAAUUUUUUGCAGGAACCUCGUACAACUGCGAAUGUCGGAAAUUGAAAACUGUAUAGGCGCUUGAAAUGUGAAAAAUUUCCGCCAUUUCAUCUUUUUACCUUUAUUUUGAGAGGGCGGGUGUCCGUCUUCAGUCGGGCUGACAAGAUAACUUUGGACUGGCUCGGGUUGCAACUCAAAUAAAUAUCCCGGACUUUCCACGGGUGGGAGCUAUUCUGUUACAACUUAUUGUAUAGAUCUAACUGAUCUGAAACCUGAUGUCAACUGGCCCAGGCCUUGAAUCUCUUGUAGACCAGACAAUAUCAGUUAUAACAAAUGAUGGGCGCAAUAUCGUGGGAAUCUUGAAAGGCUUUGAUCAAGCAACAAAUAUCAUUCUUGAUGAAUCCCAUGAGCGGGUUUACUCCACUAAGGAAGGCGUCCAGCAACUUGUUCUAGGGUUGUAUAUCAUCAGAGGAGAUAACAUAAGCGUUGUUGGAGAACUGGAUGAAGAACUGGACGCUAAUCUGGACUUGUCUAAACUGAGGGCGCAUCCCCUCAAGCCUGUCAUUCAUUAAGGUUUUUGCUGAAGCCAUCGAAAUUAUUAACAGAACGUUUGUUGCAUUAAUUUCUUCUCUACCUUGCAUGGAUCAAUUUCAAUCAGAAUUUAAGGUUUAGAAUUAUUUAUAUAAGGUCCUACUCCAGUUAUCACUCGAUUCUAUUUUCCUUGUUGAGCUAACUUGUUAAUUGUGUUUGUUUUUAUUAUGAAAAUUUAAUGAUCAUGCCACCAUGAUUCAUGUUCAUCUCAA